UUGAAAGGGAAAGAGAGUAACAGCUGGACCGACUGGCCAAGAAAGUCUCUGGAUUUCAAAAUUUCAUUAAGGAGACUGAGGAGAAGAGUCGGAAGCCAGCAAGUGAGUUCCUGCAGGACAUUAAGAACACAGCAGAAAGAUGUCAGGAGCAAAUGGAAUCUUGUGAUUUUAAGGAGUAUGAUUUUUCUCAUGCUGUGAAAUGGAAGACUUUGGAAUUCUGCGAAAUUAAUUUCUUCCUGGAGAACGUAAUAAAACAAUUUAAAGACAAGUUCAUUUCUGGAAUUCAGCUGCAGAAAGCAAAUGUGACCUUGGAUCCAGACACAGCUCACCCACGAAUCAUCUUGUCGGAGGAUCAUAAAAGUAUGAGAAUGGGAUCUAUAUCACAAGAUCUACCCCCAAAUCCUAAGAGAUUUGACCAUUAUUUAUUUGUGCUGGGACGUGAGGAAUUCACAGCAGGCAGAUAUUUCUGGGAAGUCAAAGUGAGCAGAAGCAAUGACUGGGCUCUGGGAGUUGCGAGGAAAUCUGUGAGGAGAAAAGGCCAGUUUAAGUGUGGUCCAGAGGAAGGUUUCUGGGUUGCGGGGAACUACAGGGGAGAACAUAUGGUUCCUGACUUCACUUCCAUGAGUAGGUGUGCCAGCACAGUAUGGGUGUCUCUGGACUGUCUCGGUGGGCGGGUGGCCUUUUAUGAUGCAGAAACAACAGAUCUCCUCUCUGUUAUCUCCGGAGCCCCAUUCUCUGAGGAAAGUGUCCAUCCAUUCUUUUAUCUAGGACGAAACAAAAGUGGCUGCUUGGGUCCAUUUUCUGGUUUCCUUAGGUCUUCUCUUACAGUCACUUCCUAAAACUGUCAAAUCUAACUCAGAUAUGUUUGCUGCCGCCCCUCGAACUAACUUGAUAAUUUUAUAAAGAAGUUGGAACACUCUGCAACUUGCUUCAUACAGAAGCCAUAACAGAGUGCAAUAAAAAAAGAA